GCAGGACCUCAGGGCCUGGGUGCUCUCAAGCCAUAAUGCUGGGGGACCUCAUGUCUCUUUUUUGGAGUCUCCAAGGAAUACUUGCUUCCUCAGGCACCAUAGGAGCGUUGAUGGCUUGGCUGAUCAGCUAUAAGCCAGCCUUGUUUGGCUUUCUAUUCCUUCUGCUGUUGCUUAGCAACUGGCUGGUCAAGCAUGAACUCAAACCUACUCUUCAAGAGCCCCAGCAGGACAAGAUCCUCGAACGGCUUAUGUUCAGUGAAAUGAAGCUGAAGGUCUUGGAAAAUCAGAUGUUUAUCGUAUGGAAUAGAAUGAAUCACCACAAGCAGUCAAGCCGACGGCGGACUUUUCCAGGAGGAAAACACAGAAUGCGGAGGCGGGAAUCUCUGUUCUCCAUCCUCUCUGAUUGCACUUCCGAUUCCCCCUAAUGAGGCCGCAGAGACUGCGGUGGGCUGGCCUCUUCUGAUGUUAUCUUUCCUCAGUAAAGCCCAAUCAGAGACUACUGAAUUUUCUUAGUGAAUCACAGUGGACAGGACAUUUGGAGGCAGAGAGAUCGGUCGCCUCUAGAAAAGAAAUCUGUACUCACCAGGGCAGCCAGAUCGCACCUUAUGACACUGCCUGCUGGGGGCUCUCAAAUCCAGCCCUUCCUCUCUUUCCACCUUCACCCUGGUCCACGGCCCUCUCUUCCUGUUCACCUUGAGUCUUAUAACCGCCUCCCCAGUGCGGUCCCAGCCUCCAGUCACCCCUCCAGCUGGGCUCAGAGGCCACAGCCAGCCCUGCCAAGCACAGCUCCGAUACGGCCACUACCUUGUCUUGGGCCAAUGCCUGGCCACAGUUGACAGAACUCCUCACCAUGGUGUUCAGGCCCCCCAUGAUCUGACCCCCUUCCCAGCCUUCUUUCCCAGUUUCUCCCUUUUGCCUGUUCUUUUCCCUAUACCAGAGUAUCCUAAGCAUCAAUCACUGGUAUGCUACCUUUGUAUUUUUGCCAGAGCUGUAAGCCACCUGAAUGUUGACCUCAAUAUUGCCCCUUUGAAUCAACUGUUUUUUCCUUAAUAAAUUUACCUGUAAAGGAAAAUAAUAAUACAAAUAAAUAAUUUAUCUGUAAAUUAAAAAACAGUACCAUUUGCUUGAAAUAGAGCCUAUCAAAAUAAAGACAAUAAAAAGAGAACGAUGUUAUGAAAUUCCAUCCAGAGAGCUUAGUUGUCCACUUGGAAGGCCUGAAUCAGUAAAAUUUGGGUUAAAAAGGGAGUUUAGCGAGUGUUAGCGCUUGAAAGAUAUGUAGCCCUCAGCUGAGACGUUUCUCCACAAAGGAGAAUUAGGAAGGAAGUCUCUACCUUGCUGUGGGAUCUGGGGUGACUUAAUGCCCUGUGGGUAUCCCACUUAAAAUCAUCUCUCUGGAACUUCCCUAGUGGUCCAGUGGCUAAGACUCCAUGCUCCCAAUGCAGGGGAUCCGGGUUCAAUCCCUGCUCAGGGAACUAGACCCCACCUGUUACAACUAAGAGAUCACAUGCUGCAGUGAAAAUCAAAGAUCCUGUGUGUCACAACUAAGACCUGGCACAGCCAAAUAAAGAAAUAUUAAAAACAUUGUUGUUAAAAAUAAAUCAAUGCAAUAAGUCAUCUCUCUCCCCGAAAGUUUCUUGUACUCGCCUCAGUUGCGGUUGACCAGCCAUCCCCCAAAUGCAGUCACAUCUUUGCUCACGUGGUUUCUUCCCCUGGAAUCCCUUAUCUUCCCUUUUCUGCUAUUACAAUUCUACGCUUCUUCCACAGUCGCCACCUGCAGAAAGCUUCCCUCAACCGAGCUGUAAUGAAUCUCUUUCCUUAGUCUUCUUAUGGCAUUUAAAAAAAAUUCUUAAAACA